GCGAAGAACUUAGUGAGAGAAAAGAAAAAGGAGCUGAAGGAGAAGGCCUCGCUUGAAUCGGAGGACAUGCUUUCGCGGUUCUUGAGUUCGGGGCACUCCGAUGAGGACUUCGUGACGGACAUAGUUAUAAGUUUCAUUUUGGCAGGGAAGGACACGACGUCGGCGGCGCUGACGUGGUUUUUCUGGCUGCUAGCUAAGAAUCCGCGCGUGGAGAGGGAGCUUGAGAAGGAGAUAAUGGAGAAAUCAGAGGCUCCGGUGUACGAUGAAGUGAAACAUAUGGUUUACACGCACGCGGCGUUGUGCGAGAGCAUGAGGUUGUACCCACCGGUGCCGAUGGACACGAAGGAAGCAGUGGAGGACGACGUUUU